AAGAAAGAUUCGAUAGUCCGGGUAUUGCCUUACUCGAAGGAUAUGCAGUCGGCUAAAGCGAACCACGCUAAAAUCGAGCCAGGGUGUCAUCCUUGUGGAAAAGCUCAUAGUCGCGACGCUCGAGUCGAAAGUUGCUCAGAUUUCAGAUUGUAAAUUGCCGAAAAAGCUUCACUGUGACUCCAGCAACGUGGUGUUCAGGCCACACUGCAAUGUCGGCGAGCAAGAAUACAUUAGCCAAGCUGACACGUCAUUUCGCAUGCGCUUUCAAUAAGCGCAGCUGUACCGGGCCACUCCACUACCGAACCUGCACUGAUCAACGCCACCCCUCCGCCUGCCGAAACAGAGUUAUGACCUAAUCUCAGUGACGUCUACCGUAGUCCGUCUUUCGCAACCCCCGUGAGCGGGAAUAGCGCGAAGGCUGCUUUAUUUUUUUUAAAAUUACGAACAUUAGCAGCCGGCAUGAACGAGGACCCUGGAAGACCCUCCUCGCUCAGAGACGUAACAUAAGGGGGAAGCUGUUCUAAGGCGAAUGUAUUGUUUAACCCCAGAAAUCCCGAACACCAUACCGCAUCAAAUAAAAUUAAAACAACUUCACAUUAGUUUGUGACCACGGAGAGUGUAAUGGUACGAAGAAAACAGCGAAAUCAUAACGAAGUAAAAAUAUGAAUUACUGGGUCAACUAAUUAAAUUAGUAAUCGACUUGCUGAUCUGCCGCAGAUAAAAGCUCCCUCCAGCGUAUCAAAAAACGCUGAUAUGGGUUGUACACAUUGUUCUUUUAUGAAAGGAAACACGCGAACGCGUGGCCUGUCCUCUUAUACCCUUGAUAAUUUGAAAGUCCCGCCAGAGUUUGAAAUCUACCGCCGUCGCGCAGUCUCCUGGCCUCCCCCCUGGCAUGUUUACCCCGCGGGAAUCUGUUUUCGUGCCCGCUUUUCUGCACGACGAUUGGUCUCCCUGCCGUUGCCGUGGAAACGCGCGGCUGUUCUCGUUCUGCUCUGAUUUCUUUUGCGUUUUUCAUUUUUCGUUGGCGCCAAAUUUUCUCCUUGGCUCGGCUGGAUCGGUGCAACGAACGUCGCACGCUGCGUUUCCUGCGGUGUCGUGCUAACGCAAUGCCGUGCUGUAGUGCAUAUAACUGCAACAAGAAGCCUGAAGACGGUUACGCAGUUUUUCUGAUCCCACAAAUGAGCCGUGACGGCUUGCGCAAGAAGCAGUGGCUGCAGAACAUUGCUCGAAAGAAGGUAGUUCCGACAAGAAACAGCGUUGUUUGCGAGACAAGGGCACUUGCCCCGACGGUAUCCAGCUGUUUGGCAUUUCACGAUGAAAAGAUCAAGUGGGCCACUCUUAUGCUCAUCAGUGCGAUCAUAAAAUUUGCCUGCCUCAAAGUACUGUCAAGAAGCCUGCUUACAAAGCAGAAUAUGGUCCGACAACACAGGGAAACAUUUAUCAGGCGCUGCAACUACAUCAUCUACUACAUAAAAGCAGAAGUAUGUGUGGGAUUAAUGCCAUACAUAGAUGCAGAAAGUUUCCCUGAGGCACAUGCUUUGCUCCUGAUGGGCUACUUGGUUGAACAGGGACAAGCAAUUGAACAAAUUUUCGAUGCGCAACUAAAAGCCUACAAGAAAGCACAAAUCAACGCUUGUCUAACAGCAAUGGGCAAACUUGUAGAUGCCCACACAGCAGCCAGCUGUGUAAUCAUUCUGGUUGGGGCGUUGAAAGAAUUCUUUGCCUAUGUGGGCGCAGGAUGGCGAGUUUUUGGCUUCCUAUGGUUCUGCCACCAGCUCAUCUUCGUGGGGGCCGAGCUGACUUUGGCCGCUAUAGACGCUACAUACCAUGUAAUCAUGAUGUAUCCUCUACACAUUUAAGUAAGUGACCUUAUACUUAUAAUUGUGUAAAUCAAUAAUUAAGUAAUUGGUAUUGCCACAACGCCAAACAUGAGUAUAUGCUAAGUAUAUGCUAAUGUACAGUGUGUCGUGGACUUUGUUUUUAAGAGCUAAUCAGCCUUACAACUGUUUUCAAAGCUGUGCAAUAAAUCGUGUUAAGUAAACUACAACCUUGUUAUGAUAAAACGGGAUAUCAUGAAAUAAUGGGUACAACGAAGGAAAUAAAAUUCCCGUUAAAUAUGCUGUAGAGAUCCAUGUAGCUGAAACCUAAUUUUAACGAUAUGAAAUUGCUCUGCCGUUCAAUAUAAUGAAUCAAAUUCAUCUCUGAGACCAAAAAAAAAAGACACCCAACUGUUUUACACCAGGUGUACAUCACUUUCUGCUCGGUUUGCUUUUAAUGUCUGCUUUAUUGGUUAGCCUCAGCGGCGUGCCAUCCAUUCCGGCUACUGUGUAGUUUGGUAUUUUCUGCCCAGCCAUCUUCUAGUGCUGUUGAGGUGAAAUUGUUUUUCUGCGUCAGUCAGCCUACAGGGGUCACCCAUCAGUCCGCUGCUGUGAAACGUGGUGGUCAGGAGGCUGCUGGAUAUAGAAAUGCCGGACUUGGCGUUCAUUCAAGCUUAGUCAGACGAGGUGGUGAUAGUUCUGUCUGUCUGGAAAAAGUAGGGCCGACAUAGAAUGCAAGGUGGCGGCUGUUCUCAAUCGGGUCAGCGAAAGAGAAGCGACCAUCGAAAUGAGUGUGAAUGAGCGUCUUUUUUUCUUAGCAUUCCCUCACGGCAGCGCUGCAUGUCGGGGCAGGGACUGAAGGUGUGCAUAGGUGAUGACAGGCUCCAUGAAAAAAGACCGCAUGAUAAUAUUUUGUGUAGUCUUUGAUUCACGAUUAGGCUUUAAAGAACACGCUGAUUAUAUUAGCCCCAAUAUGAAAAACAUUGAUGCCCAAAAUUUGAGCUUACUUUGAAUUUCACUAUUCGGUAAAUGCGCUCUCAAUCAAAGCACUAUAUCGGAAAGUAAUCCUGUGAGCCAUUUCCUGUGCAACAUAGGUACCGCGGGCAGAGUGCCUGGAUAGUUAGCUGAAGGCGCACUGAAUGCACAGAAUAGCGCUCAUAGCCUGAAUGGAUGUGUACAGGAUUACUAGAACACCCGCCGUGGUUGCUCAGUGGCUAUGGUGUUAGGCUGCUGAGCACGAGGUCGCGGGAUCGAAUCCCGGCCACGGCGGCCGCAUUUCGAUGGGGGCGAAAUGCGAAAACACCCGUGUGCUUAGAUUUAGGUGCAAUUUAAAGAACCCCAGGUGGUCGAAAUUUCCGGAGUCCUCCACUACGGCGUGCCUCAUAAUCAGAAAGUGGUUUUGGCACGUAAAGCCCCAUAAUUUGAUUUAGGAUUACUAGAACGGCGGCCUUGCAGAUACUCACGGUAGCCGUGCUGCUGUCGCUUAACAGAAUCGGGACAAAAUUCUGGCUGUUUACUCUGCGCGAACUAACGUGCUUCGGGACAGGGUACUACCGUCUGGAAAAAGUUGAGCGUGACAUGUGGGCGAACCACCGACACAGCCAGUAAAUCUACGGAGCCGGCCACGCACAUCUACGCUGAUGGAUCAUAUACAGCAUAUUCCAGGGGUUGGCUUAUGUCAUCAUGAAGGCACAAUAUCGAAUUGUCGAAGUGGGCAGAUUUAAGGCAGCAGAUGCCAGCACUGCGGGUUGCAUGGAAGCAGCCACGUUUACAGAAGCGCUCCUCUAUAUGACAGCAGUGGAGGUAGAUCGCAAGGUCAAUAUUAUACACAAAAAAAAAAAAAAAAAAAAUGGGGGGAGGAAAAAUGGAGCUACGGGCUCUGUUCCUCCUUCAGACCAGUGAGUUUUUCCUUUGAGUAAGCUUCACGCGCUGCACCCUCUUGCGGCAAUCUCUUAGUGCAUGCGCUGGGACCCGAAACGAGUCAGACUUACAUGAUCGCACUACUCUCAUAGUUUCUACAGCGCUGCCAAGUGUGAACCGGAGUAUGCUUACUCCAUUAGCUGCAUUGAACUGUUUUUGCUCUGGGCACAAUGAAGGCAGAUUGAAACUCCAUCCACACUGACGGAGUUUCUGCAUUUGUUGCGGGCACGUUAUUUGCCCAUGCAAGUUGCGGGGUAUUACAGUGCAGUGCUCAUGCAGGCUAGUGGUAGAAACCAAGUUCUCUCUAGUGCUGCUUUUAAUUUGUUCAAAGCGAUCAACAAUGGUCAAUUGAAGGAUAAUGAUAACAAUGAUAAUACAUUUAUUUUUCCUUUCAUUGGGUACAAAAUGGGUCACAUCCUCUGGGUCUAUAGCCGACUAGGCUUGUGUGGGAAUCGUUGGAAAAAGGAAACUACAGAAGGAUCUGUAUCAAAUGGAAGCAAGCACGGUAUUUCAUAACAAUGCAUCGGGGCUCAUAAAGGCAAGUCUCCUUGCAGAAACAUUUGCUUUCGCCCUCGACUUACCAUGUUUGACCACUGUUUGGUCACUUCAAGUCACAAUCUUGUUUCGCUUUGUGCUACCACCUUGUAUAUGGAAGAAAACUGUAUUACUACUACCAGAAAUAUUUUGUGGCCUAUUUUCUGUAAUGAAGGCAGUUGCUGCUGCCAAUUUCUAUGCAUAUGACACAGUCAUAAAUGUCGAUGCCCCCAUAGAAUGCCACUACACAGUGUUGUACUAGCCUUUACAAAGGAAGCCUUAGCUCGGGGCCGACUGAUUUCUGUAUUUAAAUACAGAUGUGAAACGAAGAAAUUUCUUUUUGGGACAACCGCUUGACCGAUUUGAAUGAAAUGUGCUUCAUUCGAGAGAGAAAGUUACAUUGUAGCAUCUUCUGGGAAGCACAUAUAUUUUGCUUCAGACCAUAAUUUUUUGCAGAAGUUGCUUAGUAGGGGACAACCGAUCUUAUGCACCCCUGUCACGCGCAGGCCCCGGUGAGCCCCAACCCACGGACCAGUCCGGGUUCUAGCGUUGGUGGUGUCCCCAUUGUCACUUUGUUAUGCUCGAGGCGCCGCCAAUAAUGCGAAAUAAUGACACGUUGUUACAAUUAGUAAAAAAAAACACGACUGAAUAGAUAUAAAUACGUCCAGCCGCCAACCUGUGACGCUAAGUUCAGC